AGGCCUGGCGUUGCCCAAGGCCUGGCAGUGGCAGGCAGCCGGGCGGGUCGCCGGCGCGGAGAGGGGCUGGGAGGCUGGGGGAUGCGGCCGUGGGAGGGGCCCGGGCGGCAGGAUGCCUCGAGAGGGGCCAGUUGGAUUCCACGGUUGCUGCCCUGGAAACUUAGGCGCCCAGCUCCACGCUGCUCCUGAGCAGCCUCUUCCUACUUCCUACUUACUGUAUUUGAUAAACCGCGAAGUGCUGCAGGGAUGUGGCAAGGAUGAACAAAGCCGACACUAGUUACAGUGAGUUUGAAACAGCUGAGACACUACUAAAUUCAGAGGUUCAUAUGCUUCUGGAGCAUCGAAAGCAACAGAAUGAGAGUGCAGAGGAUGAACAGGAACUUUCUGAGGUCUUCAUGAAAACUUUAAAUUACACAGCCCGUUUCAGUCGUUUCAAAAACAGAGAGACCAUUGCCAGUGUCCGUAGCUUGUUGCUGCAGAAGAAGCUUCAUAAAUUUGAGUUGGCCUGUUUGGCCAACCUUUGCCCCGAGACUGCUGAGGAGUCAAAGGCACUGAUCCCAAGCCUGGAGGGGCGGUUUGAAGAUGAGGAGCUACAGCAGAUUCUUGAUGAUAUCCAGACCAAGCGCAGCUUUCAAUAUUAGUCUCCAAAUACCACUCUGCUGCUGAGGGAACUACAUCCCAAGCCCAGCACCACUGUCCUGAUGUCUGGAGCUGACUUACACAGAAAUUCCAUUGCACUUGGGCUUCCUUUGGAUAGAACAACCCAGCUUGGUCUUGGUUUAGGUUGCUAUUUCAGAUUUGACUAUUGGACCAUGAUAACCUGACCUUGCCUCUGGGAAGGGUGAGGUGGGGUGAUAUGCAUAUAAGCUACACUGUUGACUACCUCAUACUAUGGUUUUGGCCCCUGUGUUAUUUUUAAGUUUUUGUUUUAAGAUUUUUUUUUUUAAGUAAUCUCUAUCCCCAAUGUGGGGCUUGAAUUCAGUACCCCAAGAUCAAGAGUGGCAUGCUCCACUGACUGAGCCAGCCAAGCACCCCUUUUUUAAGAUUUUAUUUUUUUAGCCUCUGUUAUUUUUGAUUCCUAAGAUUUCAUGUUUUAAUUUCAAUGUGUUUAUAGUUUUUGCAACUACAGGAAACAACAGUCUUAUCUAAAUGCAAAAGGAAGAAUUAAGGGGUACUUGGCUGACUCGGUAGAGCAUGUAACUCUUGAUCUCGGGGUGGUGAGUUCAAGCCCCACAUUGGACAUGGAGCCUACAAGCAAAAACAAAAAACCCCAAACAGGAACCCCAAAUACAAAUGCAAAAGGAAGAAUUAAACAGGCCCUGUACCAUCAUCUGAAAUCCUUACAGAAAGGAUGAUAGUGCUAAUGACUGUGAGACAGCAUUGACAUCCUUGUACUUAACCCAGAAGUCAAGGAGCAAGGUCACCAUGGAAAGCAGUUACACUGAGGAUAACUGCCAAGCAUGGAGGGCCCAUACAUAGCCUUGAGGUACAUCAGUACUUGACCUUUUUUCUUGGACUGUUGAAGAAUGUAGAUUUGGAGGCAGUGGUCCUAAAGCACUGUAUUCUCACUCCUAAAGAUUUUUUUUUCCUUCAGAGGACAGACUUGAAGGUCUGAAUACUUUGAAGACUCAUUGGAUAGGGCAUCCAGUCCAAACCUCUGUCUUGCUAUUUAGUAGCAGGUGAUCUCUGUUGGGGGUGAUUUGGAAAGAGGGAGCCUGCCCCUUCCUGGGCCACUACAGUGAAGUCACUCCAUGUAAAGCAAGUUGGGGGAAACUCUUUAAUAGCUGAACAUUCUAGCUUUGUGCAGUGGCGGUAUCUUAGCCAGUGAGCUUUAUCCAAGGUGCAAUUGUUGCUAAUUGAAAGGAAAAAAAAUAGCUAAACAUUCUAGCUUUGAUUUUUCUGAAAGGAAAUAUGCCUAUUUUCUUCACAAUUUGGAGGUUUUUGUUUGGAGUACUUGUUGACUCCAAAUGAAUGCAUGAUCCAAAAACAAAAAAAAAGGGAGAAAUAACAAAGUCAUUUUUUUUUUUUUUUAAAGUAGGUUCCAGGGACGCCUGGGUGGCUCAGUCGGUUAGGCAUCUGCCUUCAGCUCAGGUCGUGAUCCCAGGGGCCCUGGGAUCAAGUCCCACAUUGGGCUCCUUGCUCAACAGGAAACCUGUUUCUCCCUCUGCCUGCCAUUCCCUCUGCUUGUGCUCGUUUGCUCUCUCUCUCUCUGACAAAAUCUUUUUAAAUAAAUUAAUAAAGUAGGUUCCACACUCAAUGUGGGUCUCAAAGAUGGAGAGAUCGAGUCGGAUGCUUUACCGAAUGAGCCUGCUAGAGGCCCCGACAAAGUUAGCUUUAAAAAAUUAAGAUGGGGGCGCCUGGGUGGCUCCGUCGUUAAGCGUCUGCCUUCAGCUCAGGUCAUGAUCCCAGGGUCCUGGGAUCAAGCCCCGCAUCGGGCUCCCUGGUCAGCGGGAAGCCUGCUUCCCCCCUCUCCCACUCCCCCUGCUUGUGUCCCUGCUCUCGCUAUCUCUCUGUCAAAUAAAAAAAAAAAAAAAAAAAUUAAGAUGGUUUGGGGCAAAAGCCUGGCUCAGUCAAUAGAGCAUAUGACUCUUGAUCUUGGGGUCAUGAAUUAGAGACUCACAUUGAGUGUGGAGUUUACUUGAAAGUAAAAAUUAAUAGGGGUGGGGCACCUGGGUGGCUCAGUCGGUUAAAAGUCAGCCUUUGGCUCAGGUCAUGAUCCUGGGGUCCUGGGAUUGAGCUCCACUGGGGCUCCCUGCUCAGUGGGGAGCCUGCUUCUCCCUCUCUCCCCUGCUUGUGCUUUCUCACUAUCUCUCUCAAAUAAAUGGAUGGAUGGAUAGAUAGAUGAUAGAUAGAUAGAUAGAUGAUAGAUAGAUAGAUAGAUAGAUAGAUAGAUAGAUAGAUAGAUAGAUAGAUAGAUAGAUAGAGGUGCCUGGGUGGCUCAGUCAGUUAAGUAUCUGCCUUCAGCUCAGGUCAUGAUCCCAGGGUCCUGGGACUGAGCCCAUUGGACUCCCUGCUCAGCAGGGAGUCUGCUUCUCCCUCUGCCCCUCCCUGCAGCUUGUGCUCUCUCUCAUGCAUGCUCUCUCAAAUAAAUGCAAUCUUUGGGGGAAAAAAAAUGGUAUCUGCUGGCUAAGACAAAAAUAAAAAAUCCUUUUAACUUCUGAAAUGA